AUGCCUGCCGCUAUAGCAGAUCGCACUGGCGUUAAGUAUGAUCACAGCUCUUAUUCCUCCAAGGUCCCAAAUCAUCACUACAAACCCUAUCCAACCAGAAGCUCCACCAAUGCACAAGCGACACGCAUUAUCACCGCCAGCAGUUCACUUACUACCAACAACAAGCACAAACCCGACUUGAGGAACCUCAAGCUGAAGUCCGGGUCAAAAUCCUCAAAUUUACCACUCAAAGACAGCACUGCGGAAUCUCAAUAUAUCCAAACAUCCCUGCCUGUGGAAGUGGAGGUGCCAGAGCAGAACAACUCUGACCCAGUUGAACUUCAAGUCGAAGAGGUCCCUCGGGCUACCUCAGCAGAUCCAUUGUAUGAUAUUCAACAAUUCUACCCUUCUGAACACUUUAGCCCGAAUGUCCGGAAGAUAUUUGACUGGACUGACUCCAGCAAAAAGCCACAUGGUGUGCCCUUUGAAUUUCCUGGUGUGAGAGCGCAAGAAUUCGAAAUAUUAGAACACGAGGUGGGAGCAACCGGCCGCGUGUUAACGAAGCCCAGGUUGAACAUGCCCACCAUCCUGCAUGAAGCGUUUUAUGAUGACUUGAAGCAAUCCCUCACCCUCGCGAUCCACAGUCUUCCUUACCGUCGCAUGACUAUUCGACCGCAAAUUCACAUGAAUUACCCCCUCCAGAUCGGGGACAAACCGUUCACGCCUGAUUCAAUUGUAUCGUUGACGGCUACGCGGGGACCUACCGAGGUCGUGCACAUUCUCUACAUAGGAGUAACCGCGUUGACAGAGGAAUGGGAUCACGUUUUUGAGAAAAUGGAGUCGAUGAUCGCUAAACAUCCCGAGGUGAUCUUAGCGUCGAUUGUUUUAGUACGAGAAGUCAAACGCUACGCUUCUCCUUCAGAGACGCCUUCCUCUCCUUUCGUUAGUCCAACUACUCUUACGUUCGGCUCUGGAUCAUUCGCACAUAGCACUCAGAUCGCAAGCGCCGUUGUCAUUAGUCGCUUAAAGACUAGUUACACCACCAUCGAGUACCGUUACCGCACAAAUCUGAAUGCACGCGUCCAGAGUCUCGAUGCACCUACAAAGCAUUCCUCAAGAGCAAGGUCCAUUGUCAGAUGCGCAUCCUCAAAGCGGCUCCCAUGA